CACACAGAAAGUGACGUACCCGGACAUGACGUAGCUUCCACUCUGCUUCCGGUGUUUGGUAGCUUCUCUGCUAGCUUGCUUCUCCAUCGCUUUCUUUACAAUAUUGUUCUGCAAGCGACUCUCCGACGGAAACCUUCCCCGACGCGGUCGCUGGAUAGACGGCAGGAAAGAUGUCCACGGCCCUGGAGAGCUACAUUAACCGCACGGUGGCCAUAGUGACGUCAGACGGCAGAAUGAUCGUGGGCACGCUGAAGGGCUUCGACCAGACCAUCAACUUGAUCCUGGAUGAGAGUCAUGAGCGCGUGUUCAGUUCCGGUCAGGGUGUGGAGCAGGUGGUCCUGGGACUUUACAUCGUCAGGGGUGACAACGUGGCUGUGAUCGGCGAGAUCGACGAGGAGACGGACUCCACGUUGGAUUUAGGAAACAUCAGAGCUGAGCCGCUAAACUCCGUCGUCCACUGACCUUUCAUCUCGUAUAUCCUUGUAUUUGUUGUUUUUUAAAAAGAAUAAAAGAUGAUUUCUUGUUUUG